CUAAAGUGAUUUUAGUUUAGCGAGUUAGCGAGAAGUGAACGGUUGCCUAUUGCGCGUUGCUGAACAAGCGAAAGACAAAACUUUUUUUCUUGUUUAAUUUUGUUGCUUCCAGUAUGAAUACCUGGACGUUGCUUGCAUUUGCUUUGUGGGCGCUUUUCAUGCGCUAUUUGCCGCAGAUAUUUAAGUUCGUGGAGCUACAACGCUUCUCGCGCACACUGCCUGGGCCCACGGUGGGCGAGCUGAUAGCCAAUGUUAAGAAAGGCCAGAUCCUCAACUGGCUGAAGGAGCUGCGCUUGCAACAUGGCCCCGUUUUUCGCAUCUGGUUCGGCAAAGAUCUGAUGGUGUUCUUCACAACGCCCGACGACAUCAAACAGCUGCUGGGCAACAAUACGCUGCUGAGCAAGUCGCGCAACUACCAGCUAGUGGAGCCCUGGCUGGGCAAGGGUCUGCUUACGAACAGCGGCGAGUCGUGGCAUCGCAGACGCAAGCUGCUCACGCCUGCCUUCCAUUUUCGCAUACUCAGCGAGUUCAAGGAGCCCAUGGAGGAGAACUGUCGCAUUCUGGUCAGCCGCUUGCGUGACCAUGCCGAUGGCAAGCCCUUCGACAUUUAUCCAUACAUCACGCUCUUCGCCCUGGAUGCCAUCUGCGAGACGGCGAUGGGCAUCAAGAAGAACGCCCAAAUGCAAAGCGAUUCGGACUAUGUGCGAGCCGUGCAGACCAUUUGCCGGAUUCUGCAUCAUCAGAGCUUCUCCUUCUGGCAGCGUUUCAACUUUCUCUUCAAUCUGUCCGCCGCGGGCCAAAAGCGUAAUGCGGCAUUGCGCGUGCUACAUGGCGAGACGAAUCGCGUGAUCCAAAUACGACGCAAGCAGCUGCAGCAGGCCAAAGCGGAGCAGGAGACGGCGCAGCAGCAGGAGGACAACGAUGUGGGCAGCAAGCGGCGCCUGGCAUUUCUGGACAUGCUGCUGCUGGCGCAGCUGGAGGGCAACGGCUCGGAGCUGAGCGAUGUGGACAUACGCGAGGAGGUGGAUACGUUCAUGUUCGAGGGCCACGACACGACCAGCUCGGCAAUUGCCUUUGCCAUCAGUUUGCUGUCGAAGCACGCGGAUGUGCAGCAGCGUGUCUACGAGGAGGCUGUGGAGCUGGAGGGACGGGAAAAGGAAUCGAUGCCAUAUUUGGAGGCUGUUAUCAAGGAGACGCUGCGUCUGUAUCCAUCGGUGCCGUUUUUCUCACGGGAAGUGCUCGAGGAUCUGCAGGUGGGCCAGGUGACGGUGCCCAAGGGAGCGUCAGUCAGUUGCCUCAUCUAUAUGCUGCAUCGCGAUCCGGACAGCUUUCCCGAUCCGGAACGCUUUGAUCCGGAUCGAUUCUAUCUCAACGAAAAUCAACUACAUCCUUUCGCCUUUGCCGGCUUCAGUGCGGGACCACGCAACUGCAUAGGUCAAAAGUUUGCCAUGCUGGAGCUGAAGUGCUCGCUCUCCAUGCUGCUGAGACACUAUCAAUUCCUGCCCGUCGCCGAUCAUCAGCCACUGCCACUCGCCGAGCUGGUCAUGAAGAGCGGCAAUGGCAUUCAGGUCCGCAUGCAGCCACGCCCAUAAUCCAGCUAGUCCCCUCAUAUGAAUCUACAACUAACUUCAUUUGUCUUCUUCUAGUAUUUUAAUUUG